AUGCCCAAGAUUAAGAGUUUCGCGCCCGCGUGGCUGAAUGAGCCGGCUCCCGGCCACAAGUUGUUUGCGCCUGCCGCCGACGAUGGCACUGCCACUGUCCCGCUUGCCUAUGGCAAAAAAAUCAAGCCCGGUCCACGCAGAACCAUAGCGCGGCGAGGAACAGAAAUCUUCGUCGCUUGCGGAAAGCAAAUCCGCUGGGGAGAUCUCGCCCAGCUCAAGGAGUCUUGGGAAUCCCGCCCCUCACGCUCCAGUGUCGGACCGACUUCUACCAAAAAGGAUAGCUCUGAUUUUGAUGAUGGCGCAGCGACUGCGGGCUAUCGGAUAAUCAAGACGCCUGUGGCGGAUGACAUUCGCCAGCUGGUAAUGUCGCCGAACCAAGACUUCCUGGCAGUCUUGACGUCCCAUACUGUUCACAUCUGCAUCCUCCCUGAUUCGUCCCACCUACACAUUCAAGACACAACUCCAUUCAAGCCGAAAUUCUGGACCCUUGGCCCAACCACCCACGUAACGUCCCGAUCAGCGGUCGUUUCGGCUGUAUGGCACCCCCUUGGAGUCAAUGGGCAUGCGUUGGUUACCGUCACCGAGGAUGCUAUUGUUCGUGUUUGGGAACUCUCCACGGCGGACCGCUGGACCUUCGACGCUCCGACUCUGGCCAUUGAUCUAAAGAAGCUUGCAGAUGCGACCUACCUUGACCAGGACUUUGGCGUUUCAACUUCAGCAACAAAUAAAGGUUUCUCGCCAGAUGCGUUUGACAUGGAGGUCGCCGCUGCGUGCUUCCCAACCAGAGACUCUGGUGGAUGGGCCCCGAUGACGCUUUGGCUUGCCAUGACCUCUGGCGACGUUUAUGCUCUCUGUCCGCUACUUCCUCAGCGCUGGACGCCGCCUCCUACCUUGAUCCCGUCUCUAUCGGCUUCCAUUGUUGCCAAGGUUGCUGCCGCAGAGGACAACCCGGAGUCUACUCCUGAGGAACGUCUCGUGGCUCAGCAACAGCUGGAGUGGAUGUCUGAAAUUGAUAACCAGGAGCCUAAACUCGUAGAGGAAGCCACUGGCGAGGCCACGAUAGAGGUCUACACGCGUCCGAGCCGGCCAGGGUUGGUACCUAAGCUCCAGGGUCCUUUUGAUUUCGACUUGAAUCCCGAAGAUGAACAGGACGAUGAGGUGGAGCUGAAGGAUAUUUACGUGAUCGGCGAAAAGCCAAGGGUUGCGGACCUGAUGAGAGGUGAAGAAGAGGAGCUUGAGAUGAUGAAAGAGGACCAACACAAUGGGCUGUCCCUCAACAUCAUCUGCCUGCUUUCUACCAGCGGCCAGGUCAAGAUCUGUCUCGAUAUCGACGGGGUUGAGGCCCAGUGGCUUCCUCCCCGGUCCAAGAACAAGAGAUUGUUUGCGCCGCCGCCUGAGCCCCCAAGCCUCCUUACCUUCCAGACCUUUGACACACUGAAGCCGGCCGAGGUUACACCUGAUGGUUGGCCUAUGUUUAGCGAGGACGCCACGUCUCCGUACUCCUUCUAUGUUACACACCCUGCUGGCAUCACAUAUAUUUCUCUCACCCCUUGGGUAUUCCGCCUUGAAAGCGAGCUCCAGAGUGAUUCUGAGGCUGGCACUGAAUUCCGGAUUGACCUAUUAGCAAAGGGGCAGGGUUCCGAGCGGGAUCGUAUCUUUACACAGACCCGCACUCAAAGCCCGCUGGCUGCUGCCACAUCCAUCGAUGACCCAGACCUUGGCUAUUUCAUCUUGUCGGCUACACAGACCGACCCGAUUGCACUUUUCUUUGAGACACCAGAAAGACCAGUCGUACCGAAGGAGACGUCUGUUGUCAUCCCCGAGCAUGUCGAAGAACGGCCGCCUAGCCCCUAUUGGGAGCCUCGACCUCUUUUUCAUCCUGCCGAGGCCUUGGACAAACCUAGUGCUGUGCCUGCCUGGAUUGACAACCUGAGGACCGGUCGGCGGCGCCCAUUACUUACACAGGAACUCCGACUCUCUAUGGCUACAUUGGAGGUGUUCCAUGACGGUCAUAAGGUUGUCUCAACCGAGGUUUCGGAUAUCAACGACGCCGUUGCGGAACUGUUCAGGAAAUGUGAAGCGCUUCAGGGAGAAUUGAGAGAUCAGAUCAAAAAGGUGAACGAAGUGAAGAACCGGAUUCAUACUAUUACGGGUGAUGAUCUCUCCGAUGACCCUCCUGUGUCAGAGGACCAGCUCAUCAAGCAGAGGAUCCGGGUGGCAAGAGAAAGGCAAGAAGAGCUAGCCAACAGGAUGGAGAGGCUGAGAAAGAAGUUCGGGAGAACGACCACUCGGGAGCUGUCGGACAAGGAAAAGGCUUGGAUCGAAGAAGUGCAGAACAUGGCAACCAGCAUCUUGGGUCCCGAGGCCGGUCAGGGGGCGCUGGCUACGACACCUAACCUCGCAAAGCAACCAUGGAAACGGCUGGAGGAGAUCAAAACCCUCCGGAAUGCCCUGAUGGCAGAAGCCGAACAGUUGCAGAAGGUUGGUGACGAUACCGAAGAGAGCACACCAGCUUCACAGAUGCCGAGCCUGAAGAUCCCCUCGGAGAUUAGAAAGGCAAAAAUGGCUCAAGUUAUGAGCUUGCUUGAGCGAGAAUCGGCACUCGUGGACGCUGUUAAGGCCAGAAUCGAGAGGCUCAGCAUUGGGUAG